AUGGCUGCCGGUCACUGUGAGGACAGAACCUGGAUGUGGCACCCUGCCUUUUCCGAAGACAGAGCAGACACAGCCGGAUUGUUUGUCCAUUUUCGGCAAACCGUCCACAUUGACUCCCAAGAGAAGCUGCCGUCGUCUCUACCCCUGCACAUCACGGCCGACACGCGCUACAAGCUUUACGUAAACGGGCAUCUAGUCACAUUUGGGCCCGUCAAGGGUGACUCUUGCAUGUGGUUUUACGAUGAGGUUGACAUUGCGCCCUUUCUCGUGUCGGGCCCGAACCGGAUACUGGUCGUCGUGCUUCGUUUCUUCCACAGCACGCGCCACGCCAUAUCCUUUCCUCGACUGCCCGUUGGUGGCUUGAGGCUCGUCGUGCCUGGCCAUGAAGAGGGCGACUGGGCUGAGAGGCUCGCCAGCAGUACUUGUUGGGAGUCGGCCAUCGAUCCCGACACUACACUUCCGGUGAAUGAGGCCGAGGACCACUUUCUGCACAUCUACGAACACAUAGCCCGUCGCAGGUCAGGCAGCUGGGACUGGGUCCCGGCGAAACUGCACGAGUUCCAAACAUCUACGGGGAAUUCCGCCCCCUGGCCUUUGGUCCCUAGGAUGAUACCACCGCAAGCCCGGGAGACGGUCACCUUCAGCCACCUGCACAAUUUGCGGAGUGACAUCAACAAGUCGUCAUGGGAGAGUGUUUUGCUCAAGGAAGGAGGAGAGGCCCUCGAAUUACCCGCCGGCUCCGAACACCAGCUGGACCUCGAGAUGGCGGCCCACACCACGGCAUUUAUCAGAUACUGCUUUACUAGGCCCAGAGCAGAAGGAAGUUCUUUGCGAAUCACCUAUUCGGAGAGUUAUGAAGAUACACCCAAGCUCGUUCCCUACCUGCGCCGGAAGGGUAACCGAAGGGACACGAGUAAGAAUAUCUUUGGGCCCUCGGAUACGUACUUCUUUCAAGGGAGCGAAUGUGAGCAGCCACAGGACGAAGACGAGGAAGUGUUCUCACCCUUCCACUUCCGUACCUUCCGCUUCAUUCGAGUGAAUAUUCAGGUUGGGACCUCUCCGCUGUCGGUCCGACGACUCGAGGUCGAGUCGGUCAACUAUCCCCUCGACGUCAAGGCCAGGGUAGAAUGCUCUGGAGAUGCCGCCAAGCUCUGGGAGACCAGCAUCCGCACGCUAAGAAACUGCAUGCAUGACUGUUACGAGGACUGUCCAUUCUACGAGCAGCUGCAGUAUGCCAUGGAUACGCGUAGCUCUAUCUUAUUCACGUAUCGACUGACAGGCGACGACCGGCUUGCCCGCCAGGCCAUCCUGCAGCUGCAUAACUCGUUCCAGCCGACCACGGGUCUGACGGCGAGCCGGUCGCCGUCGCACGUGCCACAGCUCAUCCCCAACUUUUCCCUCUUUUGGAUUUGCAUGGUGGCCGACCACUACGAGCAAGACGGCGACGUGGCAUUCCUCCGGCGUUUUCCGCCCGUCAUCGACGCCGUGCUCGCGUAUUUCGGCUCGAGGGUCGGCUCUCUCGGCCUCGUCGUAAACGAGGAGAGGCCGGGCAUCUGGAACUUCACCGAUUGGGCGGACCAGUGGCGACCCUACGGUAUCCCUCCCCUCGCCCAGCGCACAGGCAUCUCGACAUAUACCAACUGUCUUUACGCCUACGCCCUCCGGCACGCGGCCACGGUCGUUACCGCCACCGGCCGCGACUCGCUAGCCCGGGAGUAUCUCGACCGCGCUGACGCCAUAAUCGCCGCCGUGAGGGAACACUGCUUCGACGGCAGCUUCUUCUCCGACGGCGUAGCCGCACAGGCGGAUGAAAUGAUCGACUACAGCGAAAUGGCGCAGACUUGGGCGGUGCUGAGCGGCGCCGUACGCGACGACGAGGCCCAGCACCUAAUGCGCCGGACCCUGGACCCAUCCCCGUUGUCCGCUGGCAGGCCACUGGUCGGCAGCUCCGUGUCCGCGUCGUUUUACACGCUGCGGGCGCUCGGCGCGGCCGGCGGUGCGGUGUACAACGACCUGUUCCACCGCUUCUGGCAGCCGUGGCGUGCACAGUUGGCCCUCAAUGUGACGACGUGGGAGGAGGACCAGGUCUCGCAGAGGUCCGACUGCCACGCAUGGGGCAGCGCGCCAAUCUACGAAUUCACCGCCGAAGUCGCGGGUGUGCGGCCGGGCGGCCCGGGAUGGUCGUCGGUCGUGUUCGCCCCGAGACUCGCGCUUUAUACAAACUUCAGAUCGAGUUGCCCCAUGCGCAUGGUGGACGGAGGGCUGACCGGGGUCGCGCAUGUGUCUUGGGCCCAGAGGCAAGGAGGAGACACCGAGGUGUCUCUCAGGUUUGACCCAAAGCCACCCAGGGCCGUCGCUGUUCACGUCCGGCUGCCGGGGAAUGAGGAUCGCAUGGUUGACACGACUUCAUGUCAACGUGCGUUCCUGUCCCAUUCUUCAACCCUUGCUCUGGUGGGAUAG